AUGAUGUCCGAUCCAGUCGAAACAGACUCUGCAGAUUGUGAGCUGUUUAUAAGUGUUAGCGAAUUAAUAUUUGAUGAUAAUCAACGUUUUGCCGAAGUGUCAACUGAGCAAUACGCAAACCGAAAUCCAGGAAGUCCAACAACUACUAGGCCAAGCACCACUUCCAGUUCAACUACUGAUCUUACUGAUACUGAUAGGCCUAUGCCUACGUCUAUGCGUAGAAGUUCUGUGUGUAGAGCCAGGCGAGGCUCGACCCCGGUAGCUGUUAAGAACGUACACCAAUUUAAAGAAAAAGAAAUUCAAAAACUUGUUUCUCUGUCACAUGAGAAUGUUGUCAGAUUUAUUGGGGCCGUCAAAGCAAAUUUUACACACGCUAUUAUCAUGGAAUUUCUAGCUGGAGGAAAUCUUUACGAGCACCUAGCCAAAAAUAGGGAAGAGAGGACACCUUUCCCCCUGUGGCAAUGUUUGGAUUGGGCAGGGCAGUGUGCAAGAGGUCUUAAAUACCUUCAUGAAAACGGCAUUACUCACAAAAAUAUUCAAUCUUACAACUAUCUUCUUAGCUCAGUCGAUGUGACAAAUUGCACUCUGAAAUUAAGUAAUUUUGGCCUCACAAAGCCUGAACAUACCUCUUACGCAAUCAUUACAACCUGGCAUGGAUCAUCAAUGCCAUGGAGAGCACCAGAAGUCAUCAGUGAUCCGACAUUUGGUAAAAAGUAUUCAGACGUUUAUUCUUUAGGAGUCGUCAUUUGGGAGUUGCUUACAUGCAAUAAGCCAUGGGAUAGACUUAGUGACCGCGAAAUUUCCAAUGCUGUUCAGAGUGGAAAUCACUUAGAAAUUCCAAAAAACUGUCCAACUGAUCUGAAGAGACUAAUGGAAAAAUGUUGGGAGAGAGAACGUGCCAGUCGACCUAAAAUUUUUAAUAUAUGUGCGAGUUUAGAAUGUUUAUAUAAAGAGGAAAACCAUCAAUACGAUCUCCAACCAAAUUUCCCAGAGAUGACUCUUCGGAUGGAAAUGAUGGCAGAAAUAGCAUCUCGUCUAAAACAUAAAUCUAAAUGGAGGAAUUUUGCAGUAAACCAUCUUCAUAUCACUAGUGAUGUCUGCGAUGAUCUGGAAAAAGAGGAACCAUAUUGUGAGCGCGUGUGUGCCGUACUUCGUAAAUGGUUAAUGAGGGAAGGCCAGAAAGGGACAGUUGGUAGACUGGCCAAUCAUUUGAAAGAUUUUCGUCAGUUUGACCCUUUAGGGUAUAAGUACUUAUGUGAACUUUCACCAAAUUCAUAG